AUGGUGCUAGCAUCUGCUGCAGCGUCUGCUGUUGCUGUGCAGCAGCUGCUGGAGCCUGAAGCGUUGAGGCUGCUGCAGCUCGAUGCAGCAGUGCUGCUGCGUCCGUCUGCUGUACACGAUGCGCUGCUGCAGCUGCUGCUGUGCUGCCCCGCAAGCAGCCUCUUUGUGUUGCCUGCAGCAGCUAUAGAAGAGCUUCAGGAGUUGCUGCUGGACCAGGGCGCCUCCGUGCUGCAGCUGCUGCGCAUCUCGCGGAUGCUGCUCUACAAAUUCUUCGCUGAUCACCCCUUCUCUUACCUUGCCCUGGAUGCACGCGCUGUGGCUGCUACAGGCAGCGACAGCAAGGACGGGAGCAGCAGCAGCAACAGCAGCAGCAACAACAGCAGCAGCAGCAGCAGCAAAGAUCAUGCCGCCGCUGCUACUGGUGCAGCAAAUGCAGCAGGUGUUGCUGCUGCUGCUGCUGCAUCUAACUCUAAGGCAGACCUUGAGGUGGUCGAGAGAAGGCUGGCACUGUUGGCUGCUGCUGUCCUGACACCGCAGCAGGAGGAGAGCAUGGAAAGUGCAGCGCCAGCAGCAGCAGCAGCAGCAGCAGCAGCAACAACAGCAACAACAGAUGCCGCAGCAGGAGGGAUGCAGCAAGACCCCAUGCGCACCCAUAAGAAGGGCUCUCUCGAUGCUCCAGCAUUGGUGCUAGAGCGUCGCAUAGCAGCAGGAUUGGGUAUGCGGCUGCUGGUGGUGCUGCAGCAGCACGUGUUGCUGCAGCGGCAAGCGUUCGCACUCAGUGCCUCGGAGUCUGCCGCUGCUCUUAACAGCCAAGACAGCAGCAGCAGCACUCUUCGUGCAGUGGAGAUGCUGCUAGAGAUACUGGGGGGCACCAGCAGGACCACUGGUUACCAUGACUAUCUUCUACAGGGAAAACCGCUAACUUCUGCUGCUGCUGCAGCUCAGAUCGUCAGUCCCAUCUGCGAGGAGCUGCAACGGAUUGCGGGGGCGUGCUGCCGCGUGAGCAGCUUGGUGACCACUUUGGUAGCAGAAGCUCUUAAUGCUGCAGCAACGACGCGCCAGGUUGCUGCAGUGCCGCAGGCGCUGCUGCUCGCGCUGCAGCAGUUCAGCCGGCAAACCGGGAGAGAGUGGGCCUUGCUGCUGCAGCUCGAGGGCCGCAUGCAGCAGCAACAGCAGCAACAGAAAAAGCCACAGCAGCAGCAGCAACGGACAACGGAGAUGGGUAAAGCUUCUGAGCUUUUCAAGGCGAUGAAUCAACUCAUGGAGCGGCUGCAGCAUACCUGUCAGCAGCAACAGCAGCAGCAGCAACAGCGAGGACAGCAGCAGGUUGUUCCCGCGUUUGUUUCUGGGCUUGCACGGCGCGCCAGCGCAGCGCCUUUGCCUUUCUCUGGGGGCUUUGGCAGCAGCACCAGCAGCAGCGCUGACAGCGCCUUUUGUAACCAAGGAUGUGAGCUGGGUGUGUGGUCCUUGUCUGUUGCUGCAGCAGAGCAGCCGCAGUACUUCGCUGCUGCGCUAGCAGCCCCCAAGGCCCCUACACACCGCGCAGAAGCAGCAGCAGCAGACACCCUGGCCCGGCUGCUGCCGCUGCGACCUGUGGAAGUGCUACAGGAGCUGGCAUGCCUCAGCGGUAGUGCCCUGGAGUAUCACCAGCAAACGGCAGCAGCAGCAGCAGCAGCCAUGGGACGAGCAGACACCGUUGCUGCAGUUACUGCUGAUGAUACGAGCCUUGUCUACCGCCGCGUUGCCUUCGGCAGCCGCCGCAUUCCCCUCUGGUAUUUGUUUUGUCACUUCUGCUCCGACGUGGUUGAGACGUAUACACAGCAGCAGCUACGUGCUCGGACGCAGCAGCAGAAGCAGCAGCAGAAGCAGCAGCAGGCACUCGCCGUCCCCCAUAGACCAGCAAAGCUCCAGAAGAAGGCCGGAGCAGCAACCGAAGAGACAAUGAAAGACGACACAGGCGGGAAGGAGACAACGGGCAAGAGGGAGACAGCAGAAAGAGAGGGUCUGCGUGCGCUGCAGCGGGAGGCUGAAACUUCUCUCCCGAGUGGGAGCUGCCACAACGCCUCGCUGUUGCAGCACCUCUUCCUGCGGUUUGGUGUUGCUGUCUGUACACUCGAACACUUGGGCCUUGUUCGGCUGCCGGGGUGCGGUGUCUCUACAGAGGAGCUGCUGCUACGCAGUGCAGCAGAUGCGGAGACAUUAGCAGAGGAACUCGCAACGCAGGGGGAGCAAGCAGAGUUACAGACAGAAUCCGAUGAUGAAGGCCCAGGGGAAGGAGCCAAUGAGCAGCAGCAGCAACAACAAAGUGGCAGGAAACGAAAUCCACGACAGCCAAAUGCCGCCGCCGCUGCCUCAGAGGCGCUGCAGCUGCAGCAGCAGCUACAAGGCUUAUACCUAACGCGCUGCUUCUUUGGCAGUGUCUACCUCCCCGAACAAUAUGGAGAUGAUGAUUCAAACCGCCAGCACGACGACACCAAUGCCGCCGACGAUCGGCAGCAACAGCAACAGCAGCAGCAGGAACCGCGGCAGCAACAGCAGCGCCAGCCACAAAAGCAGCCACGGCAACGGCGGCUCAAGCAGUAG